AUGCCGCUCUAUACUAAGUUCCUGAAGGACCUCCUCACUAAAAAGGGAAAAUAUAUCAACAAUGAGAGUAUAGUGGUGGAAGGAAACUGCAAUGCUGUUAUUCAAAGAAUUUUACCACAGAAAUUCAAAGAUCCCGGGAGUGUGACCAUUCUUUGUUUCGUAGGAGUUUUAUUAGUGGGAAAGGGAUUGAUUGGCUUAGGAGCAAGCAUCAAUCUAAUGCCACUUUCAAUGUGCAGGAGAAUAGGGAACUUGAGGAUUGCGCCCACAAGGAUGACACUUCAACUUGCAGACCGUUCGAUCACAAAGCCCUAUGGUGUAGUUGAAGAUGUUCUAGCCAAAGUCCGCCAAUUCAUAUUUCCCGUGGAUUUUUUCAUUAUGGACAUUGAGGAAGACUCAGAUAUUCCACUGAUUUUGGGUCUCCCAUUCAUGUUGACAGCUAAGUGUGUAGUUGGCAUGGGCAAUGGUAACUUAGAAAUGAGUGUUGAUGAUAAAAAAGUUACCAUUAAUUUAUUUGAAGCAAUCAAACAUCCCAAUGACCACAAGGCGUGUUUCAAAGUGGAAACAAUUGAGCAAGAAGCUAAUAUGGUGGUUCAAAACAUGACCUCUCACUCUCCAUUGGAGAAGGUGUUGAUAAAUUCUAUUGAUUGUCUCACAAAAGAGGAGGAGAAAGAUCUUAUGGCCUGUUUGGAGGACCUAGAUAAACUGAAGGUAAUUCCUUCAGGAGAAUGUGUCUUUGAAGAGCUAAAGAAGAAUCCCACAAUAGAGAAACCCAAGGUAGACUUGAAAGUCCUACCAGCGCAUUUGAAGUAUGCAUUCUUGGAAGAGAAUGAAGCAAAGCUGGUGGUGAUCAACAACACCUUAUCCUCUAAUGAAGAGUUCUGA